GCUUUCUUGAUGUCACAAGCCGAUACUUCACAUCAAUUGACUUCCACCAAAGUCCCAUUGGAUAACCUCAAAUGGGUUUUGGAGCCUAGCUUUACUACAGAAGCUCAGACCUUUUAUAUCACUGCUCACAAUGGUAUAUUUGCUCUUUUCCAGCUGGUCUAUUCAAGCAUCAAUAGUUGGAGUCCUUCUGUUCAGAUCACUGCUCGUGUAUACAUGCCUGAUGGUGUCAAGAAGAUCAAGAGUGUCAGUCUUGCUGGGAGUGCUCUCGAGCUAUCAGCAGACAAGCUAUCAGCUACUUGCAGUAAUAUGACCAUUACUUACAAGGCCGAUGCAUCAACAGUUGGACCAUCUUAUAUUGUCAAACUUGAUGUUAGCCCAGAACUUUUGGUUGAGUUUAACAUGGAUGCAGUGGUUGAAGCAUAUCAAAUCAACGAGGGUAAAGCUUACUUUGAUCCCGAGACUCCAGCUACUGGAUAUGUUGCAUCACGGAUCAUGCCCAAAGGCAAAGUUUCAGGCAUGAUUGUUGUUGAUGGCAUCAUGCAUGAUGCAGCAGGACAUGGUGUGUUUUCGCAUGCCAUCCAGUGCCCACCUUAUAAUGUUGCACGUUGGAAUUUUAUCAAUUUUCAAGACGAAACCAAUGCACUGAUUCUAUAUCAGUUUGAAAUGGUACCAGGAGCGUACCCAAAAGACAUUGUCAGUCAAGGAGUUUUAGUUUUGAACAACGAGAUUACAGCCGUGACCAUUGACAAUCACAGUGAGUUUCAAGGCACCACACUUGAUGCCUUUUCCAACUAUCAAAUUCCCAAUGCAAUCAAGCAUGUUUGGCAUGGCAAGACACGCGAUACCGGAGUGCCAAUUGAAAUUGAAAUGCGAUUGAAACUGGAUCGGUUGGUAGAUAAGAUUGAUGUGCUUUCUGAGCUUCCAUACUUGAUUCGUAUGUUCAUUCAAACCUUUAUCAGUGCACCAUUUGUGUAUCAAUGGAUUGAAGACACAGAAGUAGUUGUGCGUGUGGAGGGUGGAAAAGAGAUUCGAUUGAAUGGUCGAGCAUUCCAUGAAAACACAUUCUUAGCAGAAUUGGAACAAGUUUAGAGUGUUUUGGGGUUCAAAUAGCAGUCAAAGCAGAGUGGAAAAGGCCAAAUAAAGUCCAAUCGUUUAUUCUCUGC